AGUUUCCCUUCGCUCGACGAAGAGUGUGACGUGUUGUGCGUUUUAAUGCUCAGUUUUUUGACGUUUGUGUAGUUUUUAAUGUGAAUAAUGUGAUUGUGUAGUUCGUUAUGGCUUAUAAGUACCGUGAAGAUUUAGUUGGCAAACGAUUUCUCGCUGUGAGUGGUGUAACAAAAAUUAACGUGAAUAAAGUUUCCGAAUGGGGAUGGAAAGCUGGUAUUAUCAGAGCAGCAUCGCUCAAAGAUAACAAGAAUAAAGAGCUUCAGGUGUUAGUGGAAUACGAUGGUGUAGAUUGGCAACGUCGCGAGUGGGUGGCAGUUUAUUCACGACGGACGUUUCGUGUUUUUUUAGUGGAACGAACUCUUGUUUGGGCACCUAGAAAUUACGAAGGAAAAGACAUCAAAUGGCCCGCUUUGACAUUCAUGCCGUUGGCAGCUGACCUGACGCUGCAGGCCGACGCGCAGCCUGUCGAGUACCUCCACGACAGGCACCUGGAGUUCUUGGACAACACUAACCUUCUUCCUUAUCAGGAAUGGGACGCUCAUCAAAUAGGUCCAGAAGGAUGCCUAGAGUCUUCGGUCCUCUCCGCCAUAUCAGCGGAGUCAGCGGAAUGGAGGACCGUACAGGACGGGCAGAGGAUCCUCACCACCACGCCUUCGGUGCUGGGGGGGUGCCGCGCCCAGGUGUACCGCUCAGCUGGGGCCACGCAGUGGUACACGGCUGUCAUCGUUGGUGUCAAUGAACAUACUGGAGAGCUGACUGUAACCGACGAUACAGUUCUAGAGGAGCACAGCGAAGAUCCGUCGCUCGUGCAAAUGAGGCUACUCGGUGACGGAGUUAUCGAAUCAAUUAUGAAAGGCGAAGUGGUGGGAGUAAUGCCAAGACGAUCUCGCUCCAACCUUCAAAGAGUUGAGCGCGAGACCACAAAAAGUCCGGCGACUACUGGCGGCAGGAAGAAAACGUCAGCGGUGAGGAGCAACGGACAAAUCGCACCCACUGAGCCACCGCCGCAACCUGCAGGUUCAUCGCCAGAACGCGAUACUGCCGAAAUUAACAAUAAAGGUGUCGCUGAAAGUGUCAGUGCAAGUGAUGUCGCCGAAGUCAGUGAGGAAACCGACAAGUGCGUAAAGCCAGAGGAAGUGAAGGCAAGUGAGUGUGAAGUGAAGAGUGAAGUGAGUGUGGGCGCGGAUGGUGUUGCCAGCGCCGUGGCCUCCGAGGAGGACGACUGUGUGAUAGUGUGCGCGCGAGAUGCGGACGAUAGGUCCGACUCGGGAGUGAGCGGAGUCCGGUCCGGCGGCUCGGCGAGUUCCGUGGAGGAGCGCGAGUGGCGCGGCAUGGCGCACGGCUACGGCGGAGGCCCCCCGCCGCCCCUGCUGCACCUGCCUCCCCCGCCGCCGCCCACGCUCUACCCCAGCGAGCUGCUGUGGAAGCAGCGCUACCAACCGCCGCUGCACGCGCCGCUGCACCAUGCCAUCGCGGACGACUACCUCGCGGCGGCUACAUACGAUAGAGAGAGACAUGAAAGACUGCUACGAGAUCGAAGGGAACAGGAGCAACGAGAAAUGCUGGAGAAGCAACAGAAAGAGAGAAAAGAGAGAGAACGGAUAGAACAGGAACGAGAGAGGGAGAGAGAAAGGGAAAGGGAGAGGGAGAAACAAGAGAGGGAAGACAAAGAAAGGAGGGAUCAAGAAAAUGCCGCUUCCAAAUUAGUUUCAAGACAUUUUGAGGAAUCUCUCAGGCUGGCGAAUCAGAAGCGGGAGCGCAUGUCGUGGUCGCUACUGCACAGCUUGGGGUCGAGUCGCGGUGCGCCCGCGCCGGAACACGAGCGCCUGCGUGCGCCGCCCAGCGAGCGCGCGUACUACUCCCCGCCCGGACACCCGCCCUCGCACCCCGCGCACCCGUCGCAUCCCGCGCACCCCUCCACCCGGCCGCCAGCCACCUCGCCCGCGGACUACCACUCUCAACACGCCCGCAUUUCCAUCCCUACUAAACCAGACAAAUCCACGUCCCACCCGUCCUUACCUAAGGGGGAACCUAACUUCGCUCCCUACAACUAUCCUCCCUAUCGAUAUGACAAACUCAAGGACCAACACCUACCGGCGCCGCCACCGUUAGUCCCCGAGAAGAACUCUGUGAUAGUAAAGCACGAUCCCAAACAAAUUCACCUCGAACAGAAGCAUCCUUACCCGAGCAAACCUCGGAGUGAGCCCAACCCACAUUACCUUCCAUCAAGAACAUACAGGACGGGUCCAUCACCACAUGCGCCGCCACACCCGCAUCCGACGUUGCAGACAUCGCCACACGCUGCUCUGCCCGCACAAGACAAAAAUGCACGGCGGAUGUACCAACCCCCGCCUCCGCGGUCUCCCGCGUAUUACCAAACAGUACCACCCCCUGUCAAACCGAAGGUGUCGAGUCCUGCGCCACCACACAUAUAUGGCAAGCCUCCGUGCAAUUCACCGGGACCAGGACCCGGUCCAGCACAUUACGCUGUCGCUGUCGAACCUCCCAUGCCACACGCCAAGGUAGAGCAGCCCCCGGUCCCGUACCCACCGCCCUACGCACAACGCACCCGGCCACCUCCUCCCGCACAUUCGCGUACCCCCGAGCCGCGUCCUCCACAACGCGCGGUCGUAGACUCCAAUUCUACGUCGCCUUGCCAGCUGCAGCCGUUAGAUCUGGGUAUGGUGCGUGAUGACCCUGACCGUCUGUCGCCAAGACGUCGUGGUGCAACAGAUACCCCUGAAGCCGACGCCAAACGGAGAAGACUUGAAGAACCACCAGCGCCUGAACCCUUGAUUGCGGCGGCCGCUGGUGCUGGUCGGACUCCUCACGGAUCUGAACCAGCGCCACAGGCGCCAGGCCCACCUUGUGACGUGCGAGUUCCGUCUGCUGAUGGUAGCGUGGCAACGCCAGAGCGAGCUGCUGGAGCGUCCCCAGCCCCACACCUAACGCCGGCGGCGAGUCCAGCGCCGGCGACACCCGUCCCCCCUGUGGCCGCGUCACCCCCGGCCGCAGCAGCGCCGCCGCCGGCCCCCACGCCACCCGCGCCGCCGGCCACGCCACCCGUAACGCCCGGUACUGAAGAUUCCGCGGCGAAGGCAGCCCAGUCCCCACGCGAUGGGGCUAGCGGUGCGCCUGUCCGACAUCUCGGCAAGAAGGCCUGGCUACAGAGACACGAAACCGCACCAAUCGGUGAGGGUGAUUGUUCAGGAGGUGGCGGCACGUGUAUAACCUUACCUAUGACGAUUACAAGAGUAUCAGAACCUGACGAUUCAAGUUCAAAUAUAGUCGUGCCCGUAGCUGCCAAGUCAAUCCAGCGCGGUGCGCGUAAAACUUCAAAGCCGAGAAAGCCAAAGGAAGCUAACGGACGCGUCGAUGACGCCGAAGAAGACAGCUCGAGCUCCGACCGUGAAUCUACAGCACCCCCGAAGCGUAAGCCACCAAAAGCUAAACGGAAAAAGGGUGCAGUCGCACGAAAAGCUAGCGACGAGUCUAAAAGGAAGAAGGCUUCUGAAAGUGGGAGUGAAAGCGAUAAGGAGAGUGACGACAAAGACUCUGACUCCGGCGGUAGCGGGAGCGGAAGCGGUAGCACGUCUAGCCGUCGCGGCGGUGCAGGCCGAGCGCGAGGCAGAAGGACGCGCGGCGGCGGGCGCGGCGGGCGGCGGCGGGACGAGCCUCCGCGGCGCGCGGCGGCCGGCUCGCCCGCCUCGCGCGCGGCGCCCGACAGCUUCCUGCAGAACGGGCCGUGCUUCGAGGUGGCGCCGCGCCUCGCCAAGUGCCGCGAGUGCCGCUGGUCACCUGCGCAGCGCGACAAAGACAUGCCCAACAUCUUUUGCCGUUUCUACGCGUUCAGAAGACUGAAGUACGCCAAAAACAGACAGCUGGCUAUCGCCGGCUUCUCGGAUCCCUACAAAGACGCUGAAGAGGAUGACAAAAAGCUAUGGCUAUCGUCUUCCGCUGGCGCUGCUGAGUUAGAUAUCGAGAUGAGUUGCUUCCUUCUGAGGGAGAUCGGAGACCAGUUCUGUGAACUGCUACAACAGGAGAAGGAGGCUGAAUCCCAUCACUUAAAUGAUGAUAAGACGAUAGCAUGGAAGCGAGUCGUACAGGGUGUUAGAGAAAUGUGCGAUGUUUGCGAAACUACCUUGUUCAACUUCCAUUGGACUUGCGGCAAAUGUGGCUUCGUCGUUUGUUUGGACUGUUAUAAGUCUCGGACAUCCGGCGGCGAAACUGCCAGCGUUACAACUGAAACGAAUAAUACCGCGAAUGCAAACAGCAACGGCGAGAGGGAUUCAUUCGGUUGGCUGACGUGCACGUCGGGCGGCGCGCACCCGGCGCGGCGGCUGCUGCUGACGCAGAUCGCGGCGGGCGGCGCGCUGGGCGCGGCGGCGGCGCGCGCGCACGCCCUGCGCUCCGCCUUCUCGCUGCCGCCCUGCGCCUGCGGGGCCGCGCCCGCGCCCGCGCCCAACACCAAGGCCACGGCCAGGCGCCUGCUCGCCAAGGCGCUGCUUAAGAAUGUUAAAAAGGAGGAUGUUAAAGAGGAAACGGCGCCCGCCAACGGCUCGUCGCCGGUUAAGUCAGAAAACGGCAAAACCGGCAGCUCAGUCGUUAGCUGGCUGUCUGACCUGCCGCUCAAGACUGAAGCUGAAGACGAAAAAUCAGAAUCUAGUUCUUCCGAUUCAGAGGAAGGCGGCAACUUCUCCACACUACGAGAACUGCUCAUCCGGCCGGCGCCAGAGGGUGGUGAAACACAACCUAAGAAAAAACAAAAGAAGAACAAGAGCGAUAUCCUUGAUGACGUUAUAUCUAGCGUCGUUGAAGAGAAGAAGGACGAAGACGGCGAGGUGAAACCAUUCGCGCUGGCCAAUGUUGUGAAGCGGUACGACCGCAGCGGCCGCAGCCGGGAGGAGCUGCCCAUACGCAUCAUGACGCUCACGGAGUCCAAGCUGCUCUACCCCGACGUCCCGCAUGCGUGGCUCUGCGACGGCAAGCUGCUGCACCUUACUGACCCCAUGCAUCCUGGCAAUUAUAAACCAUUCCAGGACCAGUGGAAACGUGGUCAACCAGUUCUAGUCUCAGACGUAUCAACCAUUCUCGAUAAAGACUUAUGGAGUCCCGAGAGUUUCUCUCGUGACUUCGGUGACACUCGUGUCGACUUGGUGAAUUGUGCGUCCGGUUUAGUAGUGCCGUAUCAACUGGGUAGGAAAUUCUGGGAUGGAUUUGAUCUAGCCGCUAAGCGGUUACGUGACGAACGCGGUGCCCCAAUGGUGCUUAAACUGAAAGACUGGCCGCCGGGCGAAGACUUUGCGGAACUCCUCCCGGCGCGCUUCGACGACCUAAUGCGGGCGUUACCCCUCAGCGAAUACACAUCUCGCACCGGAAAACUAAAUCUGGCCGCGCGGCUACCGGAGUGCUUCGUGCGACCCGACCUCGGACCCAAGAUGUACACGGCGUACGGCGGCGCGGGCGGGACCACCAACCUGCACCUGGACGUGAGCGACGCCGUCAACGUCAUGGUGCACGCCAGCGCGCCCGGCGACGCGCAGGAGCGAGCGCGGGAGGCGGCGCGUGCGGCCGAGGAGGCCGGCGUCGACGUGCUGUCCCGCCGCCGCGCCAGGGUCAAGCCGCCCGCCGCGCUCUGGCACAUCUAUGCUGCUAAGGAUGCCGAUAAAAUCCGUGAUUUCCUAGUCCGAGCUGAAUUAGAGCGUGGAGCGAGACCUCUACCUCAACAUGACCCCGUGCACGAUCAGACUUGGUACCUGGACGCCGCGCUGCGCGAGCGCCUGUACCGGGAGUACGGAGUGGAGGGCUACGCCAUCCUGCAGUGCCCCGGCGACGCCGUGUUCAUCCCGGCGGGCGCGCCGCAUCAAGUGAGGAACCUUCUAGACUGCAUCAAGGUUGCCGAGGACUUCGUGUCGCCCGAGAACGUCUCUCGGUGUUUCGAGCUCGCGCAACAGUUUAGACGGUUGUCUCGCCAGCACUCUAAUAAAGAAGAUAAGCUACAGAUUAAGAAUAUUGUGUACCACGCGGUAAAGGAUUCUCUGUGCUGCCUAGAGGAGGCGCUCGCCGAAGCCAAGUGAAGACGAGCGGCCCUCCCGCAUUUGAUCUCAACCUCGAACGUAACAUUAAUUGCUAAGUUCCGCAUUUAACGUAAGAUUGGGAGCGAGUAUGAUACGCGCUGUGCGCCGUUUCGUGUAUAAGAUGCCAUUGUUAAGCGUCCGAGUCGAUUGUGUACCAGUUAUGUGUGUAAGUGUACUCGAAAUGUGAUUUAGUCCGACGGUCGCGAUCGGAGUAUGUGCAAUGUAAAUUAGUCUGAUUAUGGUGAUAUCGUUGAGAUGUGGAUAUGUUUUAUGUUCCUUAAUUGAAAUACAAAUAAAACUCUUCAGGUUAUUUACAGCUUAAUUGUAGCUAUAGUGAUAUGUAUGUAUUGUGUAAAUUUUAAUUCGAAUUCCAUCGAGUACAUAUUAAGAAUUGUAUACUUUUAAGUUAUUGUAUUGAAAUAAAUAAACGUAUUCGCUCGAAGCAUUGUACAUUACAACACGGCAUGUAGAUAAGUUUAUCCUAUUACUAGAUUUCUCAAUUUGGUUAUGUUACAAAACGAUAGUGACAAUUUCUUUUUGUCCUUAUUGCUGUAUUAGGAAGUUUUUUUUUGUACUGUGUAUAUUAUGUAUGGUUAUAAGUUGGAAUAAAAAAAGAUGUUUAUAUGAAA